AUGCCGCUCACGGUCUUGACGGCCGACGAGCAGAUGUUCAAAGACUCUGUCGCGCGCUUUGCAGCCGACGUGAUCGAGCCGAACGCGCGCCACAUGGACGAGACAGGCGCAAUGACGCCGGCGGUGAUCCGCGGCCUGUUUGACAAUGGGCUGCUGGCUGUGCAGAUCCCGGCGGCCUAUGGCGGCGUCGAGGCGUCGUUCAUGAGCCUCAUCUUGACGAUCGAAGAGCUCUCGCGCGCCGACGCGAGCGUGGGACUGCUCUGUGACCUCCAGAACACAGUCGUGAGCAACGUGUUCUGGCGCUACGGCUCGGACGCCCAGCGCGAAGCGUACCUGCCUCGUCUGUCGCGGGACACGGUCGGCAGCUUUUGCCUGACCGAGCCGGACGCCGGGAGCGACGCGUUUGCGCUCAAGACCAAAGCGGACGCGGCUGCGGAUGGCAGCUAUUAUACGCUCAACGGCGAGAAGAUGUGGAUCUCCAACGUCGCGCACGCCGACGUCUUCCUUGUCAUGGCCACAGUGGACUCGUCGUUGGGCUACAAGGGCAUCACGUGCUUUGUCGUGGAGCGAGGCAUGCCGGGCCUAUCGUUUGGGCCGCCAGAGAAGAAGCUCGGACUGAACGCGUCGUCGACGUGCUCCGUGAUCCUCGAAGACGUUAAGGUUCCGCGUGAGAACGUGCUGGGCAACGUGGGCCAGGGCUACGCUAUUGCCAUUGGUCAGCUGAACGAAGGCCGCAUCGGCAUUGCCGCUCAGCAGCUGGGCAUUGCCGAAGGCGCGUACCGCCACGCGAUGCCGUAUCUGUUUGAGCGGAAACAGUUUGGACGCGCGAUUGGGGACUUCCAGGCCAUGCAGCACCAGUACGCGGAACUGGCGCUGGAACUUACAAGCGCUCGCCUCCUCGUGUACAAUGCUGCUCGGCUCAAGGACGCAGGGCUCGAGUUUGUCCAGGCUUCCUGCAUGGCCAAGCUGCACGCGUCGCGCGUGGCGGAGCGGGUAUCCUCGCGAUGUAUCGAGAUGCUGGGCGGCGUCGGGUUCUCGAAACAGUUCCUGGCCGAAAAGUUCUACCGGGACUGCAAGGUUGGCACCAUUUACGGCGGGACGAGCAACGUCCAGCUCAGUACGAUUGCCCGGUUGAUCAAACGAGAGCUCGUCUAG